AUGGCGGUGACAGAUCUCCUGGUCAUCAUCACUGCUGUGCUGUUAAACCGAAUUCCCGGUAUUUAUUUCCCAAGUAGUUUCCUGUCAAUAACUCCUGUAUGCAGUCUCAUGAUUUCUUUAAUCUAUGCAUCCAGGGACUGUUCUGUCUGGUUAACAGUUGUCUUCACUGUUGAUCGAUUUGUGGUCAUUUGUUGUCCGAGGCUGAAAAGAAAAUAUUGCACUGAGAAAAUGGCAAUCAUAAUAAUAGGAACGGUUUGUACGGCAGGAUGUUUAAAGAGUAUUCCCUGGUACUUUCUACAUGAACCCAUUUAUAUCAUGAACAAUAUCCCAUGGCAUUGCAAAAUGAAGGAAAUAUUUUACACUUCACCAGUAUGGGGAGCUUUCCUAUGGAUUGACUGCAUUGUAACCCCAUGUCUGCCAUUCUUUCUGAUCAUUCUUCUUAAUGCCCUGACCGUCAGAUUUAUUCUAGCAGCCAACAGAAAUCACAGGAGACUCCGAGCCCAGAUCAUUAGAGAGAAUCAGAAUGACACAGAACUGGAGAACCGGCGGAAGUCCAUCAUUUUGCUCUUUGCUGUCUCUGGCAGUUUCAUACUGCUGUGGAUGACGUAUGUGGUAUACUACUUCCACAGACUCCUUUUUCCCCAUUAUCUUAUCAAUGGCUUCAGUGAUCCACAAUUCAUCCUGCAAGAAAGUGCCAACAUGCUCCAACUGUUGAGUUGCUGCACCAACACAUUCAUCUAUGUGGUAACUCAGAGCAAAUUCAGACAGGAGUUAAAGAACAUGGUGGAAUAUCCACUAAAUCUAUUGCCUAAAUUAAGUAGAUAG